AUGAAGAGUUCAAAUCACACAAAAGUAGAAGAAGAGCUUCAUGAAAACGCACACAUCGAUUACGAUCGUGUUGCUAUUAAAUGGAAUCCUUCAGUCGCCCAAUUAUACGAAGAUGCUUUAAAAUAUGAAGAAGGUUCUGCCAUUUCUUCCGCCGGUGCCUUAGUUACUGCCUCCGGUAAUAAGAAAGGUCGCUCUCCAAAAGAUAAACGUAUUGUUGACGAGCCUAGUUCAACCAAUGAUAUUUGGUGGGGUCCCGUAAAUACUAAAUUACCUGAACAUGUAUUCCUCAUCAAUCGUGAACGCGCAGUUGAUUACUUAAACACUCGUAAAAGAAUUUAUGUUUUUGAUGGUUUUGCUGGAUGGGAUCCAAAAUACAGAAUUAAAGUUCGUGUAGUAUGUGCUCGUGCUUAUCAUGCUUUGUUCAUGAGAAAUAUGUUGAUUCGUCCAACUCCUCAAGAACAAGAAAAUUAUGGAUCACCUGAUUUUACCAUUUAUAAUGCUGGUGCUUUCCCUGCCAAUCGUUAUACCACCGGAAUGACUUCCACAACCUCUGUUGCUAUCAAUUUCAAAUUAAACGAAAUGGUAAUCUUGGGAACUGAAUAUGCUGGAGAAAUGAAAAAAGGAGUUUUCACAGUUAUGCAUUAUUUGAUGCCGGUAAAACAUAAUGUAUUGUCAUUACAUUCAUCUGCCAAUGAAGGUUCAGAUGGUGAUGUAUCAGUGUUUUUUGGAUUGUCAGGUACUGGGAAGACAACACUUUCAGCAGAUCCAAAACGAUAUUUGAUUGGCGAUGAUGAACAUUGUUGGUCCGACGAUAAUGUCUUCAACAUCGAGGGUGGGUGUUAUGCAAAAUGUAUAAACCUGUCACCAGAAAAAGAACCCGAGAUUUUCAAUGCAAUUCGAUUUGGUUCAGUAUUGGAGAAUGUUGUUUAUGAUCAAUACACUCGGUCAGUCAAUUAUGACGACAGUUCAUUAACAGAAAAUACACGUUGUGCCUAUCCAAUUGAAUACAUUCCAAAUGCCAAGAUACCCUGUGUGUCAACCAGUCAUCCAAAAAAUAUAAUUCUUCUCACCUGUGACGCAUACGGUGUACUCCCACCAGUAUCAAAACUUUCAUCAGCGCAAGCUAUGUAUCAUUUCAUUUCCGGUUACACGGCCAAGAUCGCAGGUACAGAAGAUGGCAUCACAGAACCCGAGGCAACAUUUUCUGCCUGUUUCGGUCAACCCUUUUUAGUCUUGCAUCCAGCUCGUUAUGCACAAAUGUUGGCAGAUAAAAUGGAACACCAUAAGGCUAAUGCCUGGUUAGUUAAUACAGGAUGGAGUGGCGGUGCUUAUGGUGUUGGGGAAAGAAUCAAAUUGAAAUAUUCACGUGCCAUAAUUGAUGCAAUCCAUAAUGAUGAAUUGACUGCUAAAGAUACAGAGUAUGAGAACUACGGUGUGUUCAAUUUGAAUAUUCCAAAAACUGUUAGCGGCGUACCAUCUGAAAUUUUAAAUCCAGAGAAAACUUGGAAAGGAUCAAAAGAUGAAUUCAUCAACACAAGAAGAAAAUUGGCUGAGCGUUUCGUUGGAAACUUUAAAAAUUAUCAAGAUAAAACAACUUCUGAAGUAGUUGCCGCUGGUCCAAAUCUUUAG